CGGAAGUUAUUCAACUUGUCGGUGUGUGAUUACAUCCUCCCUCGCAAUUCUUUAAUAUCGCACAUUUACACACAGAUAAACUAAUUCCAUCUUUAAAAUACAAACUUUUUGUUAGCUAACUUACCGCGGAGAUGUGCACCCAAACGAAGGCGGCCUCCCGCAUGGUAAACAUUCCGCAGGCAGAUAUCGAUCCCUACGGCGUGUUCAAGUAUGUUCUUAUUAGGGUCCACAGCAAGGAGGAGGGCGACGAUACGGAAGUCGACAUAGUCCGAGGAUACGGCUGGGCCGAGUUCCACGCGGAUAUCUAUGACAAGGUCUCAGAGGAGCUUGAAAAGGACGGACUCCUGGACUGUGAGUGUGUAGGAGGGGGCAGGAUCAGACACGACGCCCAGGACAAGAAGAUCCACGUUUACGGCUACUCCAUAGGGUUUGGAAGAGCAAACCACGCCACGACCACUGAGAAACUGAAAGAUCAGUAUCCAGACUAUGAGGUGACCUGGGAUAAUGAAGGGUACUGAAAUAAAAAAUAUACUUGACACUUCUUCACGGAGUUUCAAUUUAGCGACGUCAUCAUCAACCUUUUUUUAUCAUUAGCCUUUUUUAAUACCACAUUUGUGUCCUCAUCACUUUUUAAGGGGACACAUGUUUGGGUCAGAAACUGGCUGCUCUGAACGGGCCUGUUGUGCACAUUGUACAGUGGUCAGGUGACCCUUCUGAAGAAGACUGCAGAUGACAGUCCAAACAUGACAGGUAAAAAUUCCAUCUAAUAUACCCAAAAUAUGGUCUGAUCACAACAUUUGUAUAUAAAAAAAGGCCUGUUGUGGUUUUAAAAGUGCUUUAAAUUUUUCAUCUUUGGGGUGUUUUUGUUUGAAUAAUGUCACAAACAUGCUUUUAAGACACUUAAGAUCUAUUUUGAUGUGUCUACAAAAUUGCACGAUUUGCCUCCUCGAAGUCCUGUUGGUCUCAAAUAAAAAGUGAUGCCUCUUUACUUGAUAUUUAAUUAACACCAAGAUCUCAUUGUAUUGUGCACAUGUAGUCAAUGUUAGA